UUCGACGUGGUGGUGUGUGGAGGCACUCUCGGCAUCUUCGCCGCUGCCGCUCUGGCUCUCCGAGGCCUCCGAGUGGCGGUUCUGGAGCGGGGGCCGUUACGAGGCCGAGCACAGGAAUGGAACAUCAGCAGGAAGGAGCUCCUGGAGUUGGAGAGCGUUGGUGUGGCGACGCGUGAGGAGCUGGAAGCCUGCGUCGCAAUUGAGGUACGGAAGUUGUGCAGUAUAAGCGGCCUGAGUGAAGUUUGGACGCGCGACAUCCUCAACCUGGGAGUGAGCCCCAACGCGCUGGUGGGCCUUAUGCGCCGAAAGUUGGAGGAGCAAGGCGGCGUGGUUCUGGAGCGUACGGCACUCGAAGGUGUGGCCGCCCGGCGCGACGACGACGACGACGGGUCGCCAGCCGCCGCCACCGUCACAGCGCGUCUCGUGGUCGACUGCAUGGGUCAUUUCAGCCCGAUUGUACGACAGGUGCGCAGGGGUGCCAAGCCGGACGGCGUAUGUCUGGUGGUGGGGACUAUGGGCAGCGGCUUCACCAACAACACCACCGCGGAUGUCAUCCUAACCAGCACGCCGUUGCAGCCCGAGGACGCCAAGGCGCAAUACUUCUGGGAGGCCUUUCCGGCGGCGUCGGGCCCGACCGACCGCACCACUUACAUGUUCACCUACCUCACCGCGGACGACUACCGGCCGCCCCUGGCUGCCAUGAUGGAGGACUACUGGCGCCUCAUGCCGCAGUACCAGGGCGUACGGCUGGAGGACAUCACUUUCAAGCGGGUGCUCUUUGGCAUGUUCCCAACCUUCAAGGAUACGCCUUUGAGGCCAGCGUACGACAGGGUAAUUCAAAUUGGUGAUGCCAGUGGGCUGCAAUCGCCACUGUCGUUUGGUGGUUUCGGAGCGUUGACACGUCACCUGGCCCGAUUAACUGCCGCGCUGACCGAGGCGGUUGAGGCAGAUGCUCUGGACCGUGGCUCCCUGUCCCUCGUGCAAUCCUACAACCCUGGGCUCUCGAGUAGCUGGAUGAUGCAAAAGGCGAUGAGCGUGCGUAGGGGCGAGCAGCCGCCGCCCGACCUCAUCAACCGCAUGCUGGCGGGUAACUUCAAGGCCAUGGAGCGAUUGGGCGAUCCCGUCAUGAAGCCCUUUCUGCAGGACGUCGUUCAAUUCGGUCCAAUGAUGCGCACCAUGGCCGCUCAGAUUCUAACCGACCCGGCCUCCAUCCCCAGCCUCAUACGCCACGUGGGCCCUGCGCCGCUUCUGGAGUGGCUGAGUCACAUGGCCAACCUGGCUGCCUACACCGCCCUUCACGGCGCGGCUUCGAUGGCGGACCUGCGUACGGCGGUGUCAGGGGCCGCAGUCCUGACGCCGCGUGAAAGGUUCGCCCUGAAUCGGCUACUAGACGCGUGGGAGUACGGCAGCGGUAUGGAUUAUAAGCUCUAG